GUAGAAAUUAAGCAUAAUCAAGUAAAAGAGUAAGAAAGCUCUCUUUACAAAAACUCUCCAAGUUGUCUUUAGCUCCCUUUUGUUCUUGCCAUCAUAGCUAACAUUUUGCCUAGCAUUCGAAGAGUAAGUCUGACUAGCUUACUUGUCCGCGGGGAGAAAGUAGCUAGUGCUGCAUGGCUCGUUGGUAGAAAAGACCAAGCCCGUGACAGUUGGUAUCAGAGCAAGGUUAGCACAAUCCUUGAAGAAGUGAAAUGGCAAAGACAUCGGGAGCAUGUGAGGCUACCAGAGUUACCGAGGAGGUAAGGCAACCCUAGAGUGAGGUUAUGAAGGACCAACCGGAAGCGUCCAAGGCACCGAAGAAGGAGAGAGGAAGGUCGAGGGACGUUGUGUCUGACAUGGAUGCCAGGCUAGCCAAGAUAGAGCUAAUUGUGGCUGAGGGACACGAUAGGUUCAGGGACUUAGAGCAACACAUCGAGGAGCUCGAGAAUGGGAGAGAAGAGCUUCAAGAAGGGAUGCAAGCUGCCUUAAACGAGGGCAUGUCCAAGUGUUAAGAACAAGCCAAGACCAUAGAGAAAGCUCUCCUUGCCGAGGUUGUGACGUUGAGGGAAACGCUGGAUGGUAUGGUUGCUAGGUUGUUGGCAACCGAGGAAGAGCUUAUCCUCUGCAAGAAGGCAGCUAUCCAGGGAAGUGGAAGCAUGCUUAUGGUAGUCUCUACUCCAUCGAAGAUAGAUGUUUCGAAGCCUAAAGCUUAUAGAGGCUAAGGAACGCGAAGGAAAUUGAUAACUUCCUAUGGAGCUUAGAGCGAUACUUCAAGGCACUUGGCUUAGUAGAAGAAGCCAAGAAGGUUGACGCUGCUGCACUCUUCCUAGAAGAUACCGCAAUGUUGUGGUAGAGGAGGAGUGACGACAUAGAAAAAAGGACAUGCACCAUCAACUUGUGGGUAGAGUUCAAAGAUGAUAUGCAAAAGCAGUUCUACCCCGAGAAUGCUAUUAGAGAUGCAAGGGCCAAGUUGCGGCGACUCUCACAUAUGGGAAGCAUCAAGGAGUAUGUUAAAGAAUUCACCAACACUCUUUGAGAUUCCCAAUUAUACCGAUGAAGAAGCCUUGUUUACGUUCACAGAUGGAUUGAAGAUUUGGACAAGGUUAGAGUUGGAGCGCCGUGGUGUCCAAGAUCUCAACACUGUCGUUGCCGUGGCCGAAUCCUUGAUAGAGAUCAGGAGGCAAGAGAGGCACAAGCCCGACCAAGAAAGGAACGGCAACGGAAAGAGUGGGGGAGAGCGUCACCAUAAAAAGGAAGGCUUCUACAAGUUUGACAAGCCCAGUGAGGAAGGCAUCCAUGGCAACAAAGAUGACAAAGGUGGAGAGAGGCAACGUCUCAAGUGUUUCUUCUGCGAUGGACCGCAUAAGGCAAGAGAAUGCCCUACGAAGAGCAAGCUCUCUGUGUUGGUCGAAGAAAGGGAAGAACACCAACGAGUGCAAGAGGAGUCCAAGAUGGGAUCGCUACAACUCCUCAGUGCCAAGGGUCGAUUGUUCGUCGAGGUGAAGGUUGGAGGCUGCACAGUAGAAGCAUUAUUAGAUACCGGAGCUAACAACAACUUCCUCGAGGCAAAAGAAGCCGAAAGACUUAACAUCAAAUAUACGAAGGAGCAAGGGUGGCUCAAGGCUAUCAACUCGACACCGAGUGCGACACGUGGAUUUGUGCGAGACGUCAAAGUAAGCCUCAGUGAGUGGUCUGGCCUCUUGGACUUUUCCAUUAUUACGAUGGAUGAUUAUAAAAUGGUGCUUGACAUAGAAUUCCUGGACAAAGUGAAUGCAUUCCCACUUCCCUUUACCAACACCAUGUGUAUCUUGGAGCAAGGAAAUACUUGCAUGGUACCGUUGAAAUGAGAAGCCAAGGUAAAAGCCAUGAAGAUCUCGGCCAUGCAACUAUUCAAGGGGGUAGAGAAGACUCAGCCCACAUUCCUUGCGGCACUAAAGGAAGAAGUGGCAAUCUUGCCGCAAGAUGAAGUGCCAAAGGAGAUAACAGGGGUCCUAGAAGAGUCUGGAGACGUAAUGCCUGCGGAGUUACCGAAAAAGCUCUCACCGAAGAGAGGUGGAUCAGAAAAUGGAGCUGGUAGAAGGUACAAGGCCGCUUACAGCAGUCCUUUAUAGCAUGACACCCCCUGAGUUCGAAGAGUUACGGAGGCAACUAAAAGAGUUGUUAGAUGCUGGCCACACUAGGUCGUCCAAGGCUUUAUGUGAACCACCGAUACUCGAGCAAAAGAAACAGACUUUGAAGCAAGUAAGAUGGCAAUCAUUCCUUGCGGAGUCCGAUUUUGCGAACGAGUACAAGCCCUGGAAAGGCAAACUUAGUGGCCGAUGCGCCAAGUAGAAAGGCAGAGUUAGCUUCCAUCACUAGCGCUAACUUUCUUUCGUUGGAUCAAGACAAGGUGGAACAAAACAAGCCCGCCGGUUUGUUAAAGCCAUUACCGAAGUCCAAAGGAUGGCAUGAGAAAGCCGACAGGGCAUGUGCUCAUCUAACCAAGACCGCCAAGAGAAUAAAGAAGUGGGCGGAUGGAAAGAGGAGGCACUCAGUGUUUCAGGAGGGAGGCUUAGUGAUGGUAAAGCUCUUUCCCCAUCAAAGCCGAAGAUUUGCCAAGGAACUUCAAGGACUUAAUCGAGGCAUACAACGGGGACGCGACGAGGGCGUCGCCAGAAUGAGUGGGGGAGAAUGUCACAGCCCGCAAAUUUCCCCUUCUCGCACGAAGGUUCAGAGGCCCAAGAAGCCUCCAGAGUUCGCUACAAAGCAAGGGAGGAUUCUAGAACAUUCUAGAAUCAUCUAGAAUCAUCUGGAAGCAUCUUGAAGCAUCUGGAACAUUCUAGAAUAAUUUAGAAGCUUGUAUAAUGUGUAGAUAAGUAUGGAAGUGUGUAGAAAUUCUAGAUACUUAAUCUUAGCCAUCAGAUCAAAUGUAUCCUCACCGUCCAUUGAGGAGGUGGAGGCCUAUAUAUAGCUUAGAGAAUUCAUUUGUAAUCAUCAAGUAGAAAUCAAGCAUAAUCAAGUAAAAGAGGAGAAACUAGCUAGUGCCGCUCGGUUCGUUGGUAGAAAAGACCAAGCCCAUGACAUUAUGUACGAGGAAGACAGGGCGUGCAAAGGGACUGUGCGAAGGAAUUGGCGCAAGUCAGAGAAUUCAAGUGCUAAGCAAACUGUGGUAACAAAUUCCCCAAAACCACCAUUUGUCAAACGUUUGAAUUGAGCAGAGAUGGAGGAACGGCGAGCGAAGGGCUUUGUUAUAAUUGUGAUGAAGUUUAUGUGCCAAGCCAUCAAUGUAAAUGAUUAUUUUGGCUUGAAGGGAUAGAAGAGAUGGAGGGGGAGCAAGAAGAUGGAAUGAAGGAGGAUCAUACACCAGAAAUCUUUAUUGAUGCAAUUACAGGGGUUCAAAAUUUUCAAAUAAUGCAGGUGCAAGGAUCCAUUAAUGACCAUCCUCUUUUAGUUCUAGUGUAUUUAGGGAGUACGCAUAGUUUCAUUGAUUCCUUGUUAGCGAGAAAGUUACAGUUCCCAAUCAAAAUAAAAGAGUUACGUGUUAUAGUGGUAAAUGGUGAAAGACUACGAAAUCCAGGGCUGUGCAAAAAUGUUUCCUUGAAUUUGGGUAAUCAGGUAUUUAAAUUGAAUUUAUUUUUGUUGCCAUUGGGCUGUUUUGGGGCAGUAAUUGGAGUUAAUUGGUUAAAAAUUCUAGGACCCAUCCAUUGGGAUUUUACAACUGUGGAUGAGAUUUAAUAAAUGUGGGAGAACUCUAGAGUUGAGGGGAACAAGGGAAUUUAAGAGUCAUGCUUUUCAUCAAACUACUAUGGUUAAAGUUGACAAGGAAUUGGAAACUCAACCACUAUUGGCAGAUUUAAAGAUCUCUUUGAGGAACCUAUGGGAUUACCACCUCAAUGCAAAUCUAAUCAUAAGAUCGUGUUAGAGAGUGGGUUAGAUCCUAUAGUUGUCCGACCUUACUGUUACACGCAUGUUCAAAAAGAGGAGAUUGCACGGCGGUGUGAGAUGUUAGCAAAAGGAAUCAUGCAGCCCAGUCAGUCACCAUUUUCUUCCCCUGUACUUCUUGUUAAGAAAUCAUAUAAUAGCUGGUGUU